UUAUAGUUUCUGGAAAAGUCCAAAGCCACGGGCAUUCUCAUCCUGUGAAUCACUGCGUCAACAUCAUCCAACCUCUCGGUAUAUAAACCUAUCAGAGCGAGCACGGUCCAUCUGCAAGAAAGAGACUGGAUCAAAGCAAGAGUUUUGAAGAGCAUCUAAAAUCUGGACACCAAAGAUGAAGAUCUCAUGGUGUUUAUUGGGGCUUUCACUCCUCUACCUCAGUGUUGAGUGUCUGCUGCCCCCUACCAAAGAGGAUCUUAAUCAGAUCUCUUUGACUGGUGAGAAGUACCUGGAUAAACAGAUUGAAAAUGCCAUCAAUGGGGUAAAAGAGAUGAAGAAUGUGAUGGAGAGAUCAGGAGAGGAUCACAAGAGGUUCCUGUCUGAAUUGGAGAAAACCAAACAACAGAAAGAGUAUGCCCUAAAGACGGCCCAGGAAAUGGAAGAGAAACUAAAAGAUGAACAGGCCGUGUGUAAUGAAACAAUGCAAGCUUUGUGGGAGGAGUGCAAGCCCUGUCUGAGGAACACCUGCAUUAAAUAUUACUCUCGCACAUGCAGCAGUGGAGCCGGGCUGGUGGGACGACAGCUUGAAGAAGUCCUCAACAGGACCUCUCCCAUGUCAAUCUGGAUCAAUGGGCAGAACAUCGAGACUCUGGUUGACCAGGAUCAGAAGCAGACCAGAGAAUUCGAGGACCUGGAGGAACGAUACACGGAAGUUGCCGAUGGAGUUGAUAACAUCUUCGCGAACAGCAUGAAGGUGUUCGACCACAUGCGUGCUUUCCACCAGCCUUCUUUCUUUCCCAGCCCAUUCCGUAUGCCCAGCAUCUUUCCAAGACCGGAUACGACAAGCAGUCGGUUCGGUCGUGUAUACAGAUCUACAUUGCACCCCAUCCAUGACCCAGAUUUUCACGGAUUUCACAGCAUGUUCAGCCCAAUGAUGGACAUGGCAAGAAGCAUGUUUGGAUCAUUCGGGCCCUUCAUGGGAAGCGACAUGGAGGAUGGGAGAACUAAUGAGGAUGUUAUCAUAACCAAACCGUUCGGAAAUGAUAGGAUGACCUGUAGGGAGAUUCGUCGCAAUUCUGCCGGCUGCAUUAACUUAAAAGAAGAAUGUCAGAAAUGUAGAGAGAUCCAGCACAUUGAUUGUUCUGGAAAGCGACCCCUGGAAGGGCCCAUGAAGGAAGAGCUAGAGAAGGCUCUCGCCAGGGCUGAGAGAUUCACCCAAGAGUACAACAACCUCCUGAAGCGAUUUGAAGACCAGAUGUUCAACACGUCUAGUCUGCUGGACCUGUUCAACAAGCAGUUCGGUUGGGUGUCUUCUCUGGCUAACCACACUCAAAACGAAGAUGGAUUUUUCAAAAUACAGGCUGUGAUAUCAAAAGCCACAGAUAAUUCUGAGAAUGCAGCUGACACUAAUGUGUCAGUCAAACUGUUUGAUGGUCCAGAUAUGAGCUUCACGGUGCCAGGAGACAUUCCCUGGAGCGAUCCCAAAUUCUCAGAGGUGGUGGCACAAGAAGCCUUGGAUCGCUACAAACAGAACACUAUAAUCACAAACUAAAUGUUUGGGUACUUCCAGAGGAGAAGAGCUUCGCGGAGAGAAUUGGAAAAAUCCUUUUGUAUUAGAGUUAUCCCAAACAUUGAGAGAUGUUUUAUUCAUGUAGCUGGAUUUCUGUUGUCUAGCAAAACUCCUGCUGUCAUCCUGCUUAACUUCAAGAGACCCUACAGAGAUUAUAUGGAAUAUGUGCUUAUGAACUUAUCAAAUGUACAUUGUCAAAUACCAAUAAAACAAACAAAACUACA